AUGUUGACGAUCUUCUUACCUGUCGAUACUCCUCCGCCGUUGAUGGCCGGUCUGCCAACUGAUCCGGCCCCUCCAGUAUUUUAUUGGGUACCGACCAUUUUUAACCUCUGGUCACUGUUGCGACCAUCAUCAGGCGAUGCCUCGCUAUUUAUUGAUAUCCUGGGGAGGUUAGCGGAAGCACAAAUACAUUGUCCCUCAAAUGUUGGUUGGACCCAGGACCAAAUUCGACAGGUCUUCUCCGCGGGACUAGGAAACUUGAAUCUACCAGUGGGAAGCGGAACGAAUGGCCUAUCUACUGGAAAUAUGGGCAGUCCCGGUGUUGCAAGCUUAGGAGCAUUACUCAUGACUGGCUCUGGUGAUAUCUUUGGACAAAAGGGGGGUGUGGACCCGUUUGCGGCAUUCAUUGUUUGGACCAUGUUUCCCGAGAAUGGUCCGGAAGGGGAUGGUAACGUGCCGCCUCCACCUCAGACCAAAAGUAUGCAGCAUCUGGCGGAGAUGAUACAGGCUAUCGAAAGCUACUUCCACCCGUCGAAUUAUGGAAGAUGGUCGUUUAUGUUGACGAGACUCUUGCAAAUGUUGGCUUAUCAGUUCAUGAAAAGGCUCAAGCAAGAGUCUGAACCGGAUUGUAAGACCCCCGUGGCUUAUCGUAUCACCCCCGCCAUGCGAAAGGAAUUUGUGGUUCUUUUGCGACCAGUAGCCUACCUCUCAAUGUUUGGGAAGGAUCCGUUAUCUGUAAAUAGCACCCAUAGUGCUCUAAAAUACUUGGCGUGGAUUCAUCCAGAGUCUAUCCUUCCUGGGCUGCUAGACAGGAUCUAUCCGGCAUUGGAGACGUUAACAGAGAAUCACCGCACGAUUAGUUGCUUGGGAGCCUUGUACAAUGUGGUCCUUCCACUUUUUAAUCGCAAGCACUAUCCCCAAGGAGGCCGACACCUCCCAGCUCUCCUGGAUUUGGCUAUCCCAGGCAUUGAUGUAAAUGAUCCCACCAAGACCUCUGUCACACUCCUUUUCAUCCGUCAUGCGAUUGCAUGUACUCCACUAAUUGAUUUGACUAAGCGGAACCGAGGGCCCGGUGGACAGACCCAGCCAGCUGAUCGCCCAGUUAAUAUGAUCGAGGUGGAUAUGGGGGCUGAUCUUGCUGAGACUAGUGGCAUGGAUGUGGACGUGGACGAGGAAGAUGAGAUGUGUCGAAUGGGCACUGCUGUUUUCGAGGAUUGGAUUGGACGAUUCUUUGAGAGAGUCUUUGUCAUGUUUGAAAACUUGCCUCAACAACAUGGCAAUGUCAAAAGCAAAGGCUCUCUAGAGUCGUCGCUGAUUUUGAUAGUACAGUUCACUGGCGAGCUAUUAUUUACACAAAUGUCACCGGAUAUUGAAUCGAUUGCCUUGCGCAAAGUGAGCAAUUUUGUGUCCGAAAAUGUCAUUCCUAAUGCUACCAAAGCUAUUGGAAUGUUCUGUUCUGUAACUGGCGCCCCAGCAACCCGUCUUGCCACAUUUGUACCACUCUGCCGUGACCGCAUUCUGACUGAACUGGAGCAUGGGGCAGGUUCUCAACCUUCAUCCGCUUACUCCUCAUCGGGACACCCGUUUGGGUUUGCUGCCAUGUCAGAUGCCAGUUUGCAUUGGUAUCAAUGUAUCUUGUACAGUGUACUGAUCAAGAGCGGAAAGGACAUGCUGCAACACAAGGAUACGCUGUUGGAAAUCGCGCGAGAGACACUAGCGCGUACGCGUGCACGGAGGGGAUACAAAUGGGCCGGGAAACUGGUGAGGUUUAUGAUGCUGAAUGCGAGCACGAUAUACCCGCUCGAGGCGAGAAGUCAUGGGAAGCACGCGUGGAAUGAUCCUGAUUUUAUAAACAACAGUCACAAGUAUUGGGGAAUGCCUGGGGAUCCUCGUAACCUGGAUAUCGAUUGGCAUGUUCCCGACGAGGAGGAAUUAGCAUUCGUGGUGGAGCUCGUCACUGAGUUUGUUCCCCUUGCGCUCGAGAAAAUGACGACACUAAUUCGGGAGGCGGAGGCUGCCGGACAUCACAGAGACCAACGCGAGUUUUCAUCCGAGUUUCAAAGAUGGCUGUCGCUCUUGAGGAACUGCUUGAGGGGAAUGACUUGCCUGGUGCCACCUGCGAGCUGUGAAGGCAGAAUUGUGGACGCUAUGGAUGUUGAUGGCGACGCGCCAGCUGUUGAAGCGUACGAAGAGGACGACGCUCGUCAACGCAAGCGACCCUUGGCAGCCGCAUACUGUUUCUCUAAUCCGGACGAUCCAAGAUAUUCAACAGUUCAAAGGCUACGGGAUGACAUUGGCCGAUUUAUGAGGGACGCAUCCGUAUUUUUCCGCACUCACCAAGAGGAUGACACUGAAAGUGUAAAGCAGCUUUUGCGCUGCAUACAAAUCUACCUCACCGACCGUGGCACCAAUCGAAAUGCUUAUGAGAAUCUUGUCAGAUUGUACAAGUACAUGAAGAUUACUAUUGCAGGCAGCAAGGACCUUGCUCGCGGUCAUCUACCGCGGUACACUUUAAUCACCAGAGCGUGUACAAUUCAUGUUGCUAGAUUACAUUACAAUGCAUCGCAGCAGACGCGAAGCGAAAUAUCAGAUGCGGCUGUAGAGGAAAUUGUUUAUUGGUGUUUCGGAAGAUAUGCCGUGGUCAGGAAGGAAGCGCAGCGUGUAUUGAGUCCUGUCGUUCGGUGUUUCGGAGGAGGCUUGAAGAAGAGAGUGUUUUGGGAGGCUGUCAAAAUGGUGGAGAGUGCAGGAAAGUGGGAGCUGAUGAACGCAUUCUUGAGUCAAAAGCUCGAAAAACAUGUCCGUAAUGGCGGGGAGGGGGAGGAGGAUGCUGAUAGGAUGAAGGGUGCGCUUUAUGUCUUGAAGAGCUCCGCUAUGCUGGAUUUGUCAUUGAGGAACUAUGAGUUUUUGCGAGGAAUGUUGCUGGCUCUGACGCGAACGCAUGUUGCGGACAAGCCAUCUAUCCAGAAGAGGUGGACCCUUAUUUCCAAAGAAAUAUUGACCCAGUUCCAAGACAUUGCAAUUGGAACGGAUGUAUCGGUGAACGCUCAGAGUGCGGCUAAGAAACUAGUUGGAAGGGAGUCUGUGGCAGCGGAUGUUGAAAAGAGAAAGAAGCAGGCGUCAAACCGAUCACAUCGUGAUCGGGAGGAAUACAAGAGUAUGAUCUCUGAGUUGGUUGAUAUUUUAAGAACUGAAAGCCUUCCUGUGAGCUAUCGCACAAUGACUGUAACCUUUCUUGAACUGACGCUACGAGAGGAUGAACCUAUCCCCGUCGAAGUCACUCGGUUAGCAUUGACCGGUGUGAAUUCGGAAGAGCUCACAAUAAGAAAGAUUUCCCUGAAAUUGUUGAGCAAGAUUUUGGUUAUCAUUAAGCGAAGAGCAAAAGAGGUUGGCAAGACUCCGUCGAAUGAGUUCCGAAAAAGGGUGAAGGCUGGCCCCGGGGGUGUUAGUCCAGCGGAUACGCAAGAAUUUUUGCGAAAGAGUGUAGAAACGGUUCAAGGUGAUGACGCAUGGACCGCGACCGAAUUCCAGGACAGUUCAAACGUGGGAUGGUAUUGCUGGCCAGCCAAGUAUAAGAUCGUCAAGGGUGCUUCAUCGCGGACAAGUGAUACUGUACCAUACAAUGAUCUUGAUUCGCCAGAAACCAUGCAGCUGCUCUUGUCAGAACUUGCGUCGUCCGAAUUUUGGCGCGCCUUCUUCCGCUAUCGUUCUGAGGAAGCAACGUCACGCAUCAAUCCCUCUGAAGCCGCCCGGGGUAUCGCGCCCGCCGAGCGAUUUAAUCCUCACGCAGCAAUGUUCUAUCAGUGUGCUUUCACAAUCUUGGAAGACCGACCAGUAGCAUCCGUGCAACCCAUUUUAGAGGACUUGAUAAAGGAAAGCGGAGACAAAGCGAAACAAAGGGCGGUGGCCGAGGCGAUUGGGGGUAUAGUACGGGGCGCAAAAUAUUGGGACUGGAACAAGCAAGAAAAGCUCUGGCAGUGGGUGGGCAAAGUGAUAGCAAGUGGGUUGGCAGUCGCCAAUCCGGAAAGUUAUCUCUUAUGGAGCACGUCUAUCAGAUUCAUUUGUACUGGCCGCGAUCCUCGCCGCGUACGGCCUCUUCUCGACAUCAUCUUUUCCCAGACUUUUGACCCUGCUUCGCAGUCGUUCUUCACGGAAUCCAAGAAACUCAGCAACAUUCGAACUCUGUUCUCCAUCUUCAACUGGCGGCUUACCCCAGUUAUUGAUCCACUGCUAGAUACAUACCUCUCAGCCAUCCACCAUCCCUAUGAGCAGGUUAGACAGAAUUUGGGGGCAAGUAUAAACUCCAUGUUGCAAAUCAAGUGGUACGUUGGUGCACGAUCGGUUGAGGAUGUGGUCGCCCGAGUUAUCGACGGCUCUGCAGCGGUACCUACAAAGGUGGAUGACGAAGGCCAGGCUUUGAUGGAGAGAGUUGUUGGGGAAUUGAGGAAGUUGAGAGCAGAGGAGAAUGCGCAGGAAGAUGCGGUGGACUAUAAAAAUGCGGGAAUGACGGUAAUGUCGUGGCUGUCGGAUGCUAUCAUGACAUCGCGUGUUGCGGGACUGUAUCCUUAUCUUCCAUACCUGGUUCCCGAACUGUUGCAAAUGCAAGUGCAUGCCGAUCAGGACCUCCAGGCAAGCGCCAAAGCGGUUGCCCAAAUGUACGCCAACACACCCCAUCCGCAGGAAAUGGUACCCAAUACUGUGGAGAUGCUACUGAAAGCUGGUACCGAGGGGACUGUCACUGGUCGCGACUCGCCAUCAGAAUCAGCGACCAAACGAUGGCAGGUCCGCUGGCGGGUGCUACCGACACUGCAGGUCUUUUAUUUUAGACAUUUAUUCUUGCUGGAUGGAGAUGUGGUCAGAAGAGUUGUAGAAAGUGUAUCGAGAUUGUUAGAGGAUGCACAAGUGGAAGUCAGGCAGUUGGCUUCUGUUACUUUAUCGGGAUUGAUUAGAUGCUCGCAAAGGGAGGCGGUUUUGGAAUUGAAGACACGAUUUGAAGGUCAACUUUCUGCAAGUUCCCUUCCCCGACGGCGUAGAGGACAAGAACCUCCUACUUUGACAUCAGGUCAACAGCAGCAGCAACAGCUGUUGCUUGCAAAGAGACACGCGGCAGUGCUUGGGUUAUCCGCCUUGGUGCAGGCAUUUCCGUAUGAAGUCCCAAAGUGGAUGCCGGAUGUGCUUGUUCUCCUCGCGAGAAGUGUGGGAGAUCCAGCUCCUGUUGGGGUGUCGGUUCAAAAGCUCUUUUCGGAUUUCCGGAGAACCCAUCAAGAUAAUUGGCAUGAAGACAUGCUGGCAUUUACCGAGGAGCAACGUGGGGUUCUGUCGGAUCUGUUAAUUUCACCUAGUUACUAUGCUUAAAAGGAGGGAAUACGGAUGUAGUUUACUGCGAACGUUGAGAUAUCUUUUGCUGUGGAAUGUGGUGUAAACUCUGCAAUUAAUGCCAUACGGACGAGGCUGUCAUUUUUGACGGAUGAAGCAA